AGGCAAGGUUUGGGACUACGAGACGCGUUAUAGACCGCUACCAGUGGUUGUGCAGCCACAGUUACAGUUGUAAGAACAUUUGUUGCAUUUGCGCACAGACAUGCCUGCUAAACUAUCGGAGGGCACAGUGAAGGUGGACCUUUGUGGCGAGAACCCGCUGUUUUAUCGACAAAGCGAGCCAGAGAUUGGAGAAGCAAGACUUUCUAUUCUCCUGCUGCACGGCAUUCGCUUCUCGUCCCAGAACUGGCUGGAUAUCGGAACCCUUGAAACUUUGGCAAAGGCUGGCUAUCGAGCCACUGCUGUAGACCUGCCAGGCCUGGGCCAGUCCAAGGCUGCUGUGGCCCCUGCCGCGGUGGGGGAGCUUGCCCCUGGCGACUUCCUGAAGCAGGUGUGUGACGCGCUGGAGCUGGGCCCAGCGGUGGUGGUCAGCCCCUCCCUCAGCGGCAUGUACUCGCUCCCCUUCCUCUUCCAGCACAGCUCCAUGCUCAAGGCCUACGUCCCAGUGGCACCCAUCUGCACAGACAAGUUCAAGUCCCAGCAGUAUGCAGCUGUCCAGACCCCUACCCUGAUCGUGUACGGCGAUAAGGACUAUCAGCUGGGGGAGCUGUCGCUAAGCAACCUCAAACACCUGCCCAAUCACACGGUCACGGUCAUGAAGGGGGCUGGCCAUCCCUGUUACCUAGACGACCCAGACACCUGGCACAAGGCCCUGCUACACUUCCUGGAGACGCUAUGAACAUUCGAAAAUUUGCCCGGCAAGCCAGACUAAAACAUGAUGUGCAUAGUCUGAGCUUGCAUAGUCUGAGCUUGCACCAUAGGCAAAGACGCCAUGCUAAGACCAUCUCAAUGACUCACUAUACAUAUACAAAACUAGACAGAGUGUUUUCUGUAGAGGAUAGAGUCAGGCUAGAUUCAUUGCCUAGCUACGAUUAGCCUAUCCCCUAGGGCAGGUUUUCCCUAGCCUGGGUCUCAUGCAGACCCCUCGUGCAUUUCCGCUCAAC